GAGUAUCGCCGACACUAUCGAAAUCGCUAAGUCAAUCGAAAAUACAGCAUUGACAUCACUAGAAUUUGCGUUUUUGCUGGAAUAUUUUGUUUAUUAUUUAUUAAAAUAAUAAAUGGCUGACCAAAUUCACGGGGAUGGUGGUCAACCGGCGACAAUAAUGUCCAUUCAACUUGAGCAGCAACAAACGAACGAGAAUGCGGCUAGCAAUGGCAGCGGAGCCGGCGACGUUGACGAGGUUAAUGAAGCAGACAAUGGUAAGAAGGAUGAAGAUUUAGUGCUGCCAAAAGCUCUGGAAGAUGUGCUCGCUCUCAAGGAUCAGCGUGUGGCUGAGUUCGACACCGAUGUCGAUGGACGUGGGGGCCCAGGUGGUGAUGGUGCGUCGCAAGACGGCGAUUUUGCCGAUAUCGGCGAAGACAGCGAUGACGAUGCCGGUAACCAAUUGAACGGUGUCAGUACCGAUAAACCGGGUAAACAAAGUAAAGCGGACAAAAACAAAAAGAAGAAACGCCGAAAGAAGCAAAAUAAGAGAAUACGACAAAAAUUGGAAUACGAACGACAGCAGCAGCUGUCGCGUCGCUCAGAGCCAAGGGAAGCAGAGCCCGAGGAAGAUGUAAAGGCGACUGGCAGUGAUGAAGAGCAGCCUGUGGAGAAAGAAAAGGAUACACAGAAAGAGGGUCGCAGCAAAAAGAAAAAGGAACGUUCAGGUGACGACAAGGAUAAGGCCAAAGAGCGCAAGCAGACAGAGAACGGCGAGGAUGAUGUGACAAUUGAAUAUGUGCCUGAAAAAAUAACAAUUGCGGAUCUGGCGCCCAUGUACCGUCAAUUCUAUCGUGUCUUUGAGAUCUUUAAACUGGAAAACAAGCCGAAGCCCGUUGAGAAGGACAAGGCAGCUCUGGAUGCCGAAGCUUUGGCCAAGGCUAAAAAGUCCUCGAAUAAAAUGCAUGAUGAUGACGACGAUGAUGCGGACGACGACGACGACAAUAAGGAUGACAAAGAGAAGCUAUCAAAGAGAAAACUAAAGAAACUCACACGUCUCAGCGUGGCCGAGCUAAAGCAGUUGGUCUCGCGUCCGGAUGUCGUUGAAAUGCACGAUGUGACCGCACGCGAUCCCAAGUUGCUCGUACAGCUGAAGGCGUAUCGCAAUACGGUGCAGGUGCCACGUCAUUGGUGCUUCAAGCGCAAGUAUUUACAAGGCAAGCGUGGCAUUGAGAAGCCGCCCUUUGAUCUGCCCGCCUUUAUCAAGAAGACGGGCAUCAUGGAGAUGCGUGAAUCGCUGCAGGAGCGUGAAGAUGCCAAAACGCUCAAGGCAAAGAUGCGCGAACGUGUUCGCCCCAAGAUGGGAAAAAUUGAUAUUGACUACCAGAAACUGCACGACGCCUUCUUCAAGUGGCAAACAAAGCCACGUAUGACCAUCCAUGGUGAUCUCUACUACGAGGGCAAGGAGUUUGAGACGCGACUCAAGGAGAAGAAGCCCGGUGAUCUGUCCGAGGAGUUACGCAUUGCAUUGGGCAUGCCAGUGGGUCCCAACUCGCACAAAAUACCGCCACCUUGGCUAAUUGCUCAACAACGUUACGGACCGCCGCCUUCGUAUCCGAAUCUGAAAAUACCCGGCUUAAACGCGCCCAUACCAGAGGGCACCUCGUUUGGUUACCAUGCGGGUGGCUGGGGCAAGCCGCCAGUUGAUGAGAAUGGCAAACCACUUUAUGGCGAUGUAUUCGGAAUGAAUGCACUUGAUUUAGAUAACGGCAUCGAUGAAGCGGACAUUGAGCGCAAUCAAUGGGGUGAAUUGGAGUCGGAAUCGGAGGAGUCUUCUGAGGAGGAGGAAGAGGAUGGUGAGGAUCUGGGUAAUCAACAAGAUGAAACCGGCUUAGUUACGCCAGUUGAGGGUCUGGUCACGCCCUCGGGUCUAGCCAGUGUUCCAACGGGCAUGGAAACUCCCGAGAAUAUUGAAUUGCGCAAGAAGAAGAUCGAAGCCGAAAUGGAAGACAAUGAAACGCCCGUUCUGUAUCAAGUGCUGCCAGAGAAACGCACGGAUCGCAUAGGUGCCUCCAUGAUGGGCUCUACGCAUGUCUACGACAUUGGGGGCGGGCCUUUGGCCAAUAAGCAACCGCCCGUGCGCUCUACUACAGAUCGCGAAGGCAUUGUCGAGCUGGCCUUGGAUCCCAGUGAACUGGACCUGGAUAAUGAUGCAAUGGCUCAACGCUAUGAGCAACAAAUGCGCGAGCAGCAGAAUCAUUUGCAGAAAGAGGACUUGUCCGACAUGUUGGCGGAGCAUGUCGCGCGUCAAAAGUCGAAACGCAAGCGACAACAAACAGAUCCAGCAAAAACCACAAAGAAGUACAAGGAAUUCAAGUUUUAACACCAACAGCAACAUCAAGAAGUUUUCUGUUUCCUUUUUUAGUCUUCAAAUUUUAUAAGCGAAGUAGAUACACGCCAAUAAUGUCAUUAAAAGCUAAUAGAACAGAA